AUGAAUUUUUUAAACAAAAAAAAGAAUUUUAUCAAGGAUUCUAAAAAAGCUUAAAAGAAUCAAUUCAAAGAAAGCUCAAAAAAUAAAAAAGCUGAAAAUGAGGCUGCUAUUGAUGACGUUUCAGAAGAGGAAGAUGACAUCUAAUAAAUUGAAUAGGUAUAAAAGAGAGAUAAAAAAAAUAAAAAUGUUGAAAAUUAAGAUGAUGAGAAAGAGAUAAGCUAAAGUGAAAAGAAACUCUCUAGAAAAGAAUUGAAAAAGUUGAAAAAAAGUUAAAAUCAACAAUAGGAUUAGACUGAUUUGAAUAAUUCUAAUGAAGAUAUAUAAGUAGAAUCAGCUUCUGAUAAAUCUAAGCUUAAAUUAAAUUAAGUUUAGACUAAUGGAAAGAAAGAUUAGAUAUAGCAGCUAUCCAAUGAAGAUGACAAAAAAUCUUCAAAAAAGAACCAGAACAAUAAAGAUUAGCAAUAAGUUAAAUAAGAAACUACUUAAAAAAUAGAACCUAGAAUUAUAAAAAAGCCAAAAAUUACAAUUAUUGAAGAAAAUGAUGAAUCUGAAAAUGAGGUAGAAAAAAAAGACUCAGGUAGAAAAAACAAAAAUAAAAAAGAAAGUGACAGUGAACAAGAAUAAUUUGAUGAUGAAGAAGAAGAAGAUUCAGAUUUAGAAGAAAUUAAAAGAGUUAAAAAGCAAAUGAUGGGAUCUGAAGAGGAAGAAGAGGAUAGUGAUGAUGAUAUUAAAUUAAAAAAAGCAAAUAAAUUUGAUAGUGAUUCAGAAGAAGAAAACUUCAAGGACAUAGAAAGUAGUGAUGAUGAAGGUUUUAAAAGCAAAAAAUCAAAAGCACAAAAAGUUACCAAAAAGCAAUAAGUAAAAGAGAAGCCAUAGAAAGCAUAGGAAAAUAAACCUAAAUUAAAAUAAUUAAAUGAAAAAAUAAAAUUAAAACAUUUAGCUAUUUGCAUUCCUGACUCUAUAAUUUCAAUACCUUAAUCCUCUGAAUUAAGAAGUUACUUCAUCAGUGAGUUAGCCAGAACUGCAGCUAUUUUCUGUGUAGAUGAAAUAAUCAUUUUGAAGGAUAAUUCUUAUAUAGCCAAGUCUCAAAACUUUUAAUAGGGACCUUACAUAGUUAGAAAUUUGUAAUAUUUAGAAACACCACAAUACCUAAGAAAAUAACUUUUCCCAAUCCAUCCUGAUUUGAAAAAUGCUGGCUUAAUGAAUCCAAUAGAAUGCCAUCACCAUUUAAAAUCAGACUAAUACUGUCCUUACAGAGAAGGUGUAGUGAUGAACAGACCUACAAAAGAAAAUGAGGGUUCAUGGGUAGAAAUUGGCCUUAAAAAGUAAGCAAAGAUCCCUUAUAAGUUAGUUACUAAUACAAGAGUAACUUUGAGAAUAAAUGAACCUACACUCGAUAUAGAGCAAAAAUAUUAUUCUGCAGAUGUUGUUUCAUAGAAAGAACCUAAAGAAAAAAUGGGACUAUAUUGGGGAUAUUAAGUUAGAUUAGCAGAUACUUUGAGUUAAGUUUUUAAGGGAGAAGAUAAUUUAAAGUAUGAUGUGAAAUUCUUGAUUAAUUAAGGAGAUCAUUAACAAUUCAGCGAAGAAUCUAUUUCUGAAACAGAAUUAGACCUUGAGGAUAAAAAUGUUUUAAUUGUGUUCAGUGGUUACAACAACUUAGAAAGUAUCAUUGACAGUGAUGAAUAUACUAAACUCUCAGGAAAAGAUGCUUUGAAUAAAUUUGAUGCUAAUUUUACUAUGCAAAAGGGUAAAUUCGGAGUAAAGCAACUUAGAUUAGAGGAAGAAAUGUCUCAUGCACUCUCAAUUCUUAGAAAGUUAUUUGAUUGA